UGAGCUAAGCUCCCUCCUCAUUUUCCUCCUCCCCAAAUCUUCACAAAAAUGCAAGGAUCCAGCCCUGCAUGUCACACCACAAGAUCCCCAAGGUUGUAAGCUUUCCAUCCAUCCAAAUAGCCUGCACAUGCAUCGGUUGCUGAGGGAGAUCGAGAAGAAAAGAGGAGCUUGCUGCUUGGUGCAGAGCAGCAGCAGCAGCAGUUGUUUUCCUCCUCUUGGUCACCGGUUCAAGAUUUGAAGGCUAGUAGCAGGCUGCAAACUGUUUUCUCUUCUUCGGUGACAACAGCUCGGUGUCUUUGCUUCCCUGUUUUGAUUUGGAGAAUCCGGAGAGUACCGAGCCAUAUCCAGAGGAGGAUAGUGACUACCCUCAGCAGGAAGGAUGUCUCGCCGCCGCACUCGCUCCCAUGAUCAGGAUAGUCCGGAGGGUUCUCGUCGCAACCAAGAGGGGUCUCCUCCUCCUCCCACCAUGGCUGAAGUUCUCAUGGCUGUGGAGCGCAACCGUGAGGCUCAGAAUACUGUCCUUCAGCAAAUCGCUGCAAGUGCAGCUGCUGUUGCCGCCCAAAUUGCCCGAAGUGCGGGCGGUGGUGGACACCAAGUCGCCGGGGGACUCGCUGAAUUUCAGCGUACUCAACCUCCGGUGUUCACUCGCUCCGAUGAUCCACUUGAUGCUGAUGAUUGGCUUCGCACCAUCGAGCGGAAGCUCACUCUCAUUCGCUGCCCCGACGCUGAGAAGACCAACCUAGCAGCCGAGCAACUCCAAGGCGCAGCUGGUGAUUGGUGGGAGAACUUUCUCGCCAUGCAACCUGCUGGCCAUGCCAUCACUUGGCCGGAAUUUCGCAAUGCUUUUCGGGCUGCCCAUGUGCCGAAAGGUAUUAUGGACCUCAAGCAACGUGAGUUCCUAUCUCUCACCCAAGGCAACAAAUCUGUCAUGGAGUACCUCCGCGAGUUCAACCACUUGGCUCGCUACGCUCCGGACGAUGUCAAUACCGAUGCCCGCAAGCAAAAUCGGUUUAUGAAUGGGUUAUCAGCAGAGAUGCAACUUGAGCUUGCUGCCCACUCUUUUCUGGACUUCCAGGACCUUGUCAACAGGUCUGUGGUCGUGGAAAGCAAGAUGAACAACCUUGAGAAUGAGCGCAAGCGCAAGCGGGCUGCGCAGAUUUCAGCCGCGGGUGGUUCGCAAAAACCACGUGGUUGGCAGCAACCCCCUCCACGCUAUCAAGCUCCACCACCUCCUCGUCGGCAGGGAUUUGUGCCACGCCCACCUCAGCAGCGUGUCACACUUCCUGUUGGCGGAAAUCAGCAAGCCGUUCGCCCGCCUGUUCGCUCCAACAACUGCUUCAAUUGUGGGCAAGCGGGCCACUACAUCAACCAAUGCCCGUACCCUCGUCGUGCACAAGAGCAGGGGCCAAGAGCAGCAGCACCACGUCCCAAUCCGUCUCCGAGGGCAGCACCUCAGGGUCAGCAAAAUCAGAAGAGGGGCCGUGUGAAUCACGUCACCGCCGAGGAGGCGAACAAUGCACCGGAUGUUCUUGUCGAUUUGGAGAAUCCGGAGAGUACCGAGCCAUAUCCAGAGGAGGAUAGUGACUACCCUCAGCAGGAAGGUGAGGAUUCCGGGUAUGAGUUGUGCUUCUUGUGUGGUCACUGCUCUGCCGGGGGUGGCGAGGGCAGUGAGUGAUCCCUUCUCUUGCAGCUUGGCUCUUGCCCGGUUGGUUUGCCCUUGUGGGGUUGUGGCACCACCGGCUUUCGUUUUAUGCUUAUGAGCUUUAUUUGAGUCUUCCGCUGCUACUCAUUCUGUGUAUGUUGGGACCUUGGACCCUAUGUUGUAUCAUGUAC